AUGUCCAAUGAUACCUGCAACCUCCCUCUGAACACGGACGCAUUUGGGUUGACCUGCAUCUAUGGCGUCAUCUUGACCUUGGGUCUUCCCAGCAACUUGCUGUCUCUAUGGGGAUUGUACCACCUGGGCCGGUCAGGUGGAGGAGGCUGUCAGCUCGUCUACAUCCUCAACUUGCUGCUGUCUGACCUCCUCCAGCUGCUUACCCUGCCUCUGUGGAUCCUGUACCUCCAAGGUGCGCACCGCUGGCCCUACGGCCGGCUGACCUGUGAGCUCGUUGGUUACGUGUUUUACGUGAACGUCUACGCCAGCGUCAUGUUCCUUUGCCUGAUAGCGAUUGACCGCUGCUUGGCUAUUGUUUACCCGCUCAGCAGCCGCGGUAUGCGCAGUGUCAGGGUGGCAGCUGUGUCGGGUGUAGCUGUGUGGAUCCUAACGUUCCUGUUCUGCCUGAGUGGGCUGCUGCCAUCUGUGUUUGACUCUGACAGACAGCUCUGUCUGGAGAAGUACCCGGUCAGCCCCAAAUAUGCUCACUUUAAGAUCACCACUAUGGUUCUGGGCUUUCUCCUGCCAUGCACCAUUCUAGGCUACACCUCAGCCCACAUCGGGGCCACGCUCCGUCGGUCUCCUUCUCUGUCUGACCACGAGCGCAACAAAAUCGUAGGAAUCCUGGUUGUGAUCACGUUUAACUUCAUCGUUGUGUUUGGACCCUACCACCUGGUGGGCGGAUACAGGUUUGUGUCCCUGCUGAGGACCGAUGAGCCAUGUGGAUUUGAGCAGUCCAUUUUCCUGGUCUAUCGGCUGUGCUACGGUCUGACCAGCCUCAACACCUUACUGGACCCCCUGUUUUACAUCUUCCUCUGUCCCGACGCUCGACUGGAGCUCCAGAGGUCCCUGCCCUGUUUGAGAAGAAGCCAGAACCAUAAAAACACGAGCAGCCGAUUUGAGCUGGACACCAGGACAGACAAUAAAACUGGACAUGGUACCUUUGUCCCCAUUUGA